AUGAGUCGCCGUAGUAAGAUAAUUGCGUUAGCUUUAGCUAAAAGUGAAAUUACGGACAGUAACGCAGAAGACGAACAUGUGAACAAUCGAAAUAAUGACGUUGAGAAUAAUGUACCACUGGAAAGGAGGAUGUCACCAAAUUUUAUCGAGACAGGAAAUGAUUUACUAAGUUUUAAAUAUAACCUGAGACAACGCACUCCGGUAAAAAUACAGAAUGAUCAAACAGUCUCCAAUGAAUCCGAAGAGAUUUACUCACCAGUAGUUUCAGAAUAUUUACCACCUCAAGAAAACACUCCAUCUGUUUUAACACCUGAUGCCGAUACAGAAUCAAUAAAUGAUGAAUUCAUAGAAAAUUACAAUAAUGAACAAAUAGAGGAUAUUUUACGUGAAAUUGGUACUAUAAUAAACGAUAAAAGAGGUAGACACGGCACGCGCAAAAAUGCUGUUCCAGAUCAAGUCAAACAAUCUGUUAGAGACCAUAUUUCACAAAUGCCAUUAGUAGACUCACACUAUGUGAGAAACAGGACAUGUAAACAGUAUCUGGAUGAACAACUAAACUUUCCAAUACUCUACAAACUUUAUUUGGAAUGGAUGAAUGAAAAACAUUCCGAUCAGGUCGUUGCGACUUCAAGACAGUAUAGGGAGAUAUUUAAGACAGAUUUUAAUAUUGACUUUAACAAACCGAAAAAAGACCAAUGUCCAAGGUGUGAUUUAUUUAAAAAUUCAACUGAGACUGACAAAACUAAGCUAGAGUAUGAGUACGCUUUACAUAUUGCAAACAAAAAUGUGGUCAGGUCUUUAAAAGAUACUGACAAACACCGAGCUAAACACUCUGAUUCUGUCGUAACAGCUUGUUAUGAUUUACAAAAAAUUUUGAAUACUCCUCAUUCAGAAGUGUCCGUAUUUUACUACAAAAGAAAACUUGCUACAUAUAACUUCACGAUCUAUGAUAUGGGUAAACAUAAAGGGUAUUGCUACUUGUGGGACGAGACGAUCGGACGCAAAGGAUCUAACGAAAUAAGUAGUUUUGUAUUCGACUUCAUAAAAACUAGGGUUCUGGAAGGAUACAAGGAGUUUAAUUUUUAUUCUGAUAGCUGUGGCGGUCAGAAUAAAAACAGGACAGUAUUCGCAAUGUAUGCAUAUGCUAGCAGAAUAUUUAAUAUACAUAUAAAUCAUCACUUCUUUGAAGUUGCACAUUCGCAAUCAGAGGGUGAUGCGAUGCAUGCACUUAUUGAGCGAAGGAAAAAACAUAAAAUUAUCUACGUACCUCAGCAAUGGGUGACUUUGAUAAGAUGCGCUAAAUCUAGUGGUGAGCCGUAUGAAGUCAAGGAAGUAAACCAAGACAAUAUAUUGGAUUUUAAACAACUUUUGCCAUGUUACAAAAAUUGGGAACACGACGUCAACCAUGUGAAAGUCUCCUGGAGUAAAAUUAUGCAUAUUCAUUUUAUCAGUAGCUUACCUAAUAUAAUUAAAUUUCAAUAUGAUUAUCUGAGCGACAAUGAAAUGGCUAUAAAUCUAGCUCAGGAUAUUAAGACAGUUUCUCUUCGGGCAGUUACUCGUCGCGCUACCAAGGAACCUCAAAACAGUGAACAAGAGCUACCGAUUUCUAAGGCUUAUAAUGCACCUUUGCCUUUAUCUACAGCAAAGUACAAAGAUUUAAUAAGCUUAUGUAAUAGCAAUGCCAUUCCAACAAUAUAUCAUGAUUAUUUUAUAAAUUUACCUCAUGUGAAAACGAUUCUACCAAAUAAUAUGACUGAUUCUGAUUAA